AUGAUUCUCGGCGUUCUCAUAAGAUUCCGUGAAGGGAUGUACGCAGUAGCAGGAGACAUACGAGAAAUGUUCUAUCAAGUGAGAACAAGAGAAGAGGACCAGGAUGCCCUAAGAUUCCUAUUUAGAGACGAGAAUCAAACAAUGGGACACUACGUCAUGCAAGUUAUGAUAUUUGGAGCUACAUGCUCCCCCGCCUGUGCACAGUACAUAAAAAACAAGAAUGCCGAUCUAUACCAUGAUAAAUAUCCACAAGCCGUUGAAGCAAUCAAGGCUAUGUAUGUGGACGAUCUUCUAGAUAGCUACCACUCAAUAGAGGAAGCAAUGAAAACAGUAAACCAGAUAAUCAAAAUCAACGAUAAUGCCCACUUUGAAUUACGCAACUUCAUCUCUAAUAAUCAUGAGAUAUUGAAAGCGUUACCAGAAAAUCGCAUAUCACCCUCCUGUGAAAGAAAGGAGUUUGAAGAAAAAACGGCAAAAUCAGAACGAGUUCUUGGAGUCUUUUGGGAUAUAAAAUCAGACUCAGUCCAAUAUAAGAUUAACGAGAUCAACUGCGAGCAUAUACCUACCAAACGAGAAGCAUUAUCAAAAGUAGCCAGAGUAUUCGACCCACUUGGGCUAAUAGCCCAUCUAACCAUAGGAGGAAAAUUGCUUAUGCAAGAAAUCUGGAAGGAUGGGACCAUUUGGGAUGAGAAGAUACCUCAACGAUUGGUACCGAGAUGGAAGCAAUGGAUAUUCAAACUAAAAACCGCGGUCAAACUCGAAAUUCCUCGAUGUUAUUCAACAAAGUUAUCAAACCCCAGUAAAAUAGAACUUCACGUAUUUAUGGACGCAUCAGAAGAUGCAUUUGCUGCUGCUGCUGCUUAUAUUCGGGUCGAAUGUAACCAAGAAGUGGAUAUCAGUUUAAUCACUGCCAAAACCAGAGUAGCUCCUACUAAAGGGAUGACAAUUCCCAGACUUGAAUUACAAGCCGCAGUACUCGGAACACGACUAGCUAACACAGUAAAGAUGGAAACUAGGUUAAAAUUCGAUAAACAAGUUAUGUGGUCAGACAGCACCACAGUUCUAGCUUGGAUAAGGAGUGAUCACAAGAAAUAUAAACAAUUCGUCCAGAAUAGACUAGGAGAAAUUCUGGAAUCCACAACGGUUAUGGACUGGAGAUGGGUCCCAACAAAACUAAAUCCAGCAGACGAAGCAACGAGAGAUAAAACUAUAUCAAACUCCAUAUGGUUCACUUCCGCUCCCUUCCUGAAAUUAGAAGAAGAAUAUUGGCCUACAGAAAAAGUAAAGCCAACAACAACCACGGAAGAGGUGAAAAUAUUCAAGAUAGACCAAAUACCCGAUGUAAAAUUGCAGCUAAAUUGGUGUUCAAACUGGCAGAGGUUGCGGAAAGCCGUAGGAUAUUGGAUCUUCUACGUCCGAAAACUCCAAUCGAAAGUGCGAGGAAAACCAUACCGAAACUUUGUAACGGUCAGCGACUACAGAAAUGCCGAAAUAUUGAUCAUAAAACAAACACAAAGAGAAUCAUAUCCACAAGAUUUAAUCACGCUAGAAAACAACGGAAGGGUUGAAGUGAACAGCUCCAUAGCUGAACUAGAACCAACACUUGACAGUGAUGGGGUAAUAAGAACUACCGGUAGAUUGGACAAAGCAAGAUCACUACCAUACGCGGUCCGACACCCAAUAAUAAUUCCAAAUAAGCACCACCUCAUUACGAAGGAUCACCACGAGAGAUUCCUCCAUCGCCAAUUGGAAGCAGUAAUUGCAGCGAUCAGACUAAACUUCUGGAUAGUAAACACCCGCAGUGCAGUUAAACGCGCAUUCGCGAAAUGUCAGUGGUGUAAAAACCAAAAAUCCACCCCGCAAGCACCUCAAAUGGGAUUACUACCCGAAUGCAGGACUAGCCCUUCAACGAAGGCCUUCAUCCACACUGGAAUCGAUUACUUCGGCCCCAUGGAAAUUACAGUCCGCCGGUCAACAGAAAAACGUUGGGGCGCAUUAUUUACUUGCAUGGCUACCAGAGCUGUACACCUAGAACUAGCAGACGAUCUUACCACAGACGCUCUUAUUCGAUGCAUCCUCACUCUACAAUACAGACGUGGCCAAAUAAAAGCCUUUUACAGCGACAACGGCACAAAUAUGCAAGGAGCGAGCAACCUCUUCAAGGCAUUGGAAAAAAGAACCGCAAGCAAAGGGAUUGAAUGGCAUUUCAUCCCACCCUCAGCACCACAUUUUGGCGGUGCUUGGGAGAGAAUGGUUCAAGAAACCAAAAAACUGCUCAAGCAAAAACUAUGGGGAAAUUCAAAACCCAAUGAAAGUGAAUUGAGGCUUGCACUCACGGAAAUAGAGUACCUGUUAAACAGUCGCCCAUUAACACAUAUACCACUAAACGUGGACGACGACGAACCGCUGACCCCCAAUCAUUUCCUAAUGGGUGCUGCUGAUACACCGUACCCGUCAUUAAGUGACGUUAAUAAAGCAGAAGCGAGCAGGAGUCACUGGCUCAAAGUUCAGCAUGCCACACAAAACUUCUGGGAACGUUGGACCACAGAAUAUUUACCAAAGCUAAUGAAACGCGAAAAAUGGAGAAAACCAAUGGAACCUCUACAAAAGGAUGACAUAGUUGUAAUGGCCGACGAACAAAUUAAAGGAAAAUUCCACAAGGGAAUAAUCACCGAAACAAAUCCAUCAUCAAGCGGACAAGUGCGAUCGGUGACAGUUAAAUUCGGAAAGAACCAAUUAGUUAGGCCGGCCGUUAAACUUGCAAAACUCGAUGUGAAGACGCCGAGUACAACCGUCUUCACAGGACAUAUCAACCUAACAACACUGCGAUGA